AAACAACAAAGCCAUUUCUACGCCCAAAACAAUCAUUUACGGCUAGCAAACAGACUUUAGAGUAUGUCUAGAGGUCCACCUCAUCGGUGAGUAGCAAAAUACUUGUUAUAUUUUCUUACAUGCGCGAAAAUUUGUACUAUUUUAUGGUGCAGCUGUUUCAUUCAAGAUUGGUUCUCAUGUCGAUAAUAUUCUUCUAUUUGUUGGUAAAAGGUUAACUCUGGUGUGUUUUUUUCGUACUAAAAAAAGUGUAGAAGGCGUUUUGUAGUUAUAUUUUGAAAUUUGUUGUUAUUAACAGUUAUAAAACUGUGCUGACGAAUUAUUUCAAGGUUGCAACGUAAUUUAGUCAGAGCUUACGGCAGCUAUGGAACUUUUGUUUGAUGCACCUUUUUAGCGUUAUUCUGUUCUGGUUUGCCGCUACAUAGGGUUUAUUUGUACUGUAUUUUCCGUUUUUAGUUGUACUGUGCCUAGGAUGUCGACUUCUCAGUCACUGUAAUUGUGUUUUUAUCCCUGUAAAGUAUAUAUUUUUACUCUUGGACCUAUCCAGCCUGAGAAAAAGAUUCCAGUUGCCAUAUGUAGUGUUGCAAAAUGUCGAAUAUUUUCUCAGGCUAGGACAGAUCCAAUCCAACUUUUAGUGUAUUUUAAAGCUUUGUGGUCUAGUCAUCUGCAAGUCAUCUCACCCAAAGUUUUUUAGCCAAUAGCUAUUUGGAGCUGUUGCCCUACAUAGCUAUGCCACCACUGCCUUUCCAUUGCUUAACUUUUCACAUUUUUAGGACAAUAUUAAGGGUGCAUGGCUACAUGUAUCUCUUUAAAAACAAAUUUCUGGUGUCAUAGGUCUGAUUUUUGGGAAGAUGACAUGCAGAGAUGAAGCUAAGGAAAAGCUUAGCUCGCUUUUUUUAUUUGUCAAGCUGGCUUUUUUACUCAACUGCACCUUCAAAAUUCCCCCUUGUCUGUUUUCUAGAGCAAUUUUGAGCUGAUGGUUAGUUCUUUUUCAGCCAGUCAAAUAGGUCACUUUGAAUAUACUGUAAUAAUUAAGUACUCUCAAAUAACUGUUUGGCAGAGUCUCAUGUAAACCCAAUGUUGACAUUAUCUUUUGUUUUUUACAUGAACUGCAUGUGCAGUGGCUGAUUUCCAAAAGUAACAUAAUAAUCAAUAAUGAAUAAUAAUAAAUUAUUCCGGCCUUUUUUUAUUACAAUGACAUGACUAUAGAAUUCAGAGUAUGUAUAGGAGGCUUGCAAGCACUAGAAUAUAAAGCUCUCUGAUUAAAGAGUCCUUCCAACUCACCCUUGUUGCCAAACUCCUGAAGGUAUUAAAAAGACAAAAGUACUAAACUAUACUUCAGCCAAUGUUGAAGGUUAGCACAUCUGCAUUUGUACACAAAUACACUGAGUAUGAAAAUUUUGGACAAACUGACUCAUUACGUGUACAAAUCAUGCACAAAAGAUGGUGCAAAAAUGAGGUUUACACAAAGCACUAACCAAAUGACAAUUUGAGAAUAUUAUGGUUUCUUUUUCAAAGUGGCCUAUAAGCAGGCAGCCAGCUCUUAGAAACGUCCCUGAAAACUAGGGUGCCUAGUUUGAGUGGUUACUAUUUUAUAAACUCUUGUCUUGUUGUAUUAAAGAUACAAUUCCAGUGGUGAGAGACUCAGAGGAUAUCCACCAAGAUAUGGAGUUGAAUUUUCAGGGUAACAUCCACUGCGACCCUAAAGUAGUGCAUGUUCAAGUUAAAUUCUCUGUGCUAAAUUUAAACCAUUUAUUUUGGUUUUAAAGCUUAGCCGUACGUGCUUCAAUUCCAUCUUUUUUCCAUACGUGUAUAUUCAGACAUUCUUAACAACUGAAUUUUUUGAAGGUCGAAUUUUCUAUUGGGGUUUUGUCUCAGAAAAGCUUAGUCUGAGAAACCAGCCGACAUUUGGCGAUGCUACCACUGGUUUCCCUGCCAAAUGACGUCUGAGAAACGAGCGCAGAAAUUCCAUACUGAUGACACGUCGCUACCCAGAUCUGGGUGGUGCUUCUGAUUGGUCGUGCCGCAUGGGAAAUUUGAUUCAACCAGUCAGACAUCAUUUGGCAGGAAACCAGUGGUAGCAUCACCAAAUAUCGGCUGUUUUCUCAGGCUAAGAAAAGCUCCUCUGAAACUUUUGAUUUUGUAACUUCUCUUUACUUAGAUUAAGACUAGUAUCUCAAUUUCCUCAGGGAUAGAGGUGUGAGUGAUAUGCAAGUGUGUUGAAUGGGACAGACUUUAGACUUGUUAUGUGGCUUAUGCGUUGUUUUGCGAACAGGGCUGUCAAUAAGGACCGAUAGCCGGCCAAAACCACCAGCUAGUUAGCCAUCCUUAGCUGGCUACUUUCACCUCCUUCUACCAUAACUGCUAACAGAAAAAUAAGCCCCAUUGAAUAAAAAAUUAAUUGUAAAACAUUCAUUUCCCAGUUUUGAAUCACAUUGAACGAAUAUUUAAACAGGUUUAGAUCUGUGAAAUUUUCAAACCGUGUGAUGUCGUGGAAUGCCUGGCACAUUUUGCCGGCAUUGUUCCCAGUCUUGCAUGUAUUCUGACAAAACAACAUGGCAUCCGCGUUGGAAAGUACCUCUUGAAACCCCCUGGACAUGACAUUUCCGAGACUCUAAAUUUCAAAAUGUCCCUAGAUUCCUCGGCCUUCAAAAACUUGUGCCUUUGGUGCAAGUUCCAAAGCCGCCUACUAUUCAUUAUCAGCCUGCUACUUAAAAACUUUUUGACAGCCCUGGCGAAUGUCCUUUCAGCUUAUGUCCUAAGUCAUAACUCUCAUGAAACAAAAACAAGUGCUACUCAUGCAUAAUUAUUAUACCUCUUCCUUCAACCUUCAGACAUAGACAUUUGAUACACACAUCCUGUGUAUAACUCAUUCUUUUAGAAGAAUUUAGGGAACUGACCUAACACAUUGGCGAAACAACUUAAGACGUUUAUUUUUUGGGGCUAGUCAAAAUGGCUUUUGGCUGGUACAGUAUGUGCUUGCAUGUCACAUGCUCUAAAACUGAUUUUCUUUACACUCUGCUUAAAGGAGCUGUGUCACGAAAUUCAGCCAAAGUAGGAAAUUACAUUUAAUGCCCAUUAAAUUAAGAGAAACAUAAAAAUAACGGCUUACAACUUUAAAGGAGGGUUAAAAUAACAUAACAGAAGCAACAGAUGCCAUGGAUGGGCAAAACUGAAGAAGAUUGAAGCGGAUUGAAAUUAGGGUUUUUGAAAACUGUUCAGCCUAACAGUUUUUCAAAGUUGAUCCCUGCUGCUUGCAUGUUUGUCUCAGAUCUCUGAUUUUGUCAUUUACAUGUAAUUUCUUUGCUUACUUUAAGUUCCAUAGCGACGGAGGGCGAGUAAUUGGCAAAAUUAAACAAAAUGAACUGGACUGCUGUGACACAGCCCCUUUAAGUCAUGCCUCAGAUUACAGGAAAAUAAAUCUCCAAGAGUGCUGAACUUUAAAAUAAUUAUUCCAAGUAGGAUGCCUGGCUAGAUCCCCCUUCUUGGGAAGGGGGUGUGUCCAUUCCAAUCACCUCAAUUACCCACCUUAAUGAAAUAAUGUUAACUUAUCGAAACCCCUGAUCUUUGUUUUGGAGUGUGGCAACAUAAGAUAACACUGCAAAAAAUACCCUUUGUUGUAAAGGCCUUCGUUGAUGUCCUUUUUUUAAAGGUGAUAGAACUUUUUUCUGUCAAGGAUAGACCAAAAGUUUUGUCAGUUAUUGGUUUUGUCAGAUUUCUACAAAGGUUUUGAUGUGCAAAACAUACAAUUGUGAGACUAUUCCUUGUAGCCUGUGUGGCAGGUGUCGAAAAGGGUUGGGGAGAAAGGGAACAGGGGUAGAUUGCGGAGAGAGGAAAAGGGACAUCCCCUUUUGUUCAUGUCAAUUUUCACCUCAUUGAGCCAUAAUGAGUAACACACAUACAGUGUGCAAAGAAAGUAGUGUCUGAUAGCGUGGGACUAGUGGAUUUUGCAAUUGGGCUAGUGAGUUCUGUUCUUUACUUGCGUGAUGGGCAAGUACUUGUAAAGGUUUUAUGAGGAAUAUAAAUUACAGAAGAACUGUGCAAUCAAUUCUUCUCAUCAAAGAGUUUUUGGGGCUAGUUGAAAUGAAUUUUGGGCUAGCACAUGCUUGCUACAGUUUACCCGAAUGGCAAGCUGUAAAACAGACUUUCUUUGCACCCUGACAUAAAGUGAUCAACAAUUCUGAUGCCAUGAGAGGCAAUGAAGGAAACUUAAAGAAAAAGCUUUAGCAGAUUAAAAUAAUGCAGAUUGAUUGGCAACUUCAUGUGAAAAUCAAAACUUGAACCAGCUGCAAUAGUUUGUUUUGCAGCCAGGGAUGCUCUGGAGGUUUUGACUCCCUUGGAGUUUGUACAUUCACGUUUUCCUGCUCUUAACAAACCAGAAUACUUUGGUUUGACUUCUUGACAUUAAUGUACAGCUGUAUUGACCUCAUCUGUGUUACAUACGCAGCUGAUCUAUUGAUAUGACUGCCGUAUUAUGGUUACUUUAUUUAAAUUUCUUUGUUUCAUGUCUUACAUGUAUUAAUAUACCAUUUUUAUCUGACUGUUAUCGGUUCACUUUUUUAUAUCUGCCUGACUAUUUUUAAAGUAAAUCAAAGGAAAUGGCCUAAUUCUAGUUACAAAACCAAACUUUCUAUAAUCACUUGUUCACUCAAAAACUUCCUGAUUCUAUUUAGUUAAUACUGGUAAAACUCUACAAAGGAAGUAUGUAAUUUCUUACCAUUUUAUUUUUUCCAAAGAUCUUACGGUUACUAUGGUGGUCCACCUUACAAGAGACAGAGGCGCCACAGCAGUGAUGAUGAAAUGGCACCUUAUGGACCAGCUUUUUAUGACCCUCCAUUUGUGAGACAUCAGGUAUGAGUAUUUUCUAUUGCAUACAUGUGAAAUAUAGGUGUUAUACCUUAGUGAUGAAUGUAUUACUGUAAAUCCUCCAUUAAGCCUCCUGGGGGCUGAUUUGUUUCAAGCCCAUUUGACAGGGGGCUUAAUAGAGACUUGGGGCUUAUUUGAGAACGGGGGCUUAUUUAAUUUAGAAAAAACGAUGGUAUCAGUUCUCCAUAAACAUUUAAAAUACAAAGUGGAGAAGCUCAAGAACAAAAAGGUUGGAGGUCAUGCAGCCAAGGAUCAGAAUCAAAUCCGAACUUCCAGUUGGUAAAUAAACCAUCCCGGAUCUGUCCAUACUGAGUUUUACUGUCAUGAUUGAUUAAUACAGUCUCUCAUUUAUUAGCGUAGAAUAAUUAGGGGAGGGGAGGGGGUCGGAGCUAAAUAUAGAGGGGGGCUUAUUAACUUUCUUCCCCUGAAAGGGGGGGGCUAUUAGAGGAAGGGGGCUUAUUUGAGAGGGGAGGCUUAAUAGAGGAUUUACGGUAGUAACUACAGUUGCCCUUUUUACUGUUUUUUUUUGCCAAACACUUGCCUUGUUUUGGCUGCAAAUCGUGGUAGAUUGCGGUCCCUUCCCUCCCACCCUCUUUGAUCUGGAUCUUGGGUUAUGGUCUGGUAGGUAUUUUCCACUGAUAUCCUCUUCAUUGUGAUGGUGCCAGUUGGCGGCUGCUUCCAGGGGUGGUUCCUGUUCACAGGGUUGCCAUGGUUACUUCCCUGCUGCAUCAGAAUAGUCUAGGCUCCCAAUCAACCAAUAAGGCACCAGUUCCCAAGCUCAGCAAUGUUUUUGGAAACGAGUUUAAGUGGAGAGUACAUAUUAAAUACACUUUAGGUGGCCACAAGGAAGUGUAUUAAUAUUUAUUGCGGUAAUUUGAAAUCCGCUCACUGGAUAUUUUAAUGAAUAUCUCUUUCUCUUGUUUACAGGAAGUUGGAUUGGGUGAAUUUAAUGACUUCAGUUCAGUUAGUGUCGAAAAAGAUCUAAAGAUUCAUGAAAGGUUAGUUGUGUUGAAAAUUUGUAACACUCCAUUUGCUGUUUUAUUAGCGGGGAGAAUUAACUGCAAUAAUAAAACUUAAUAAAAAUAACAAUUCCCUAUCUAGUCUUGGCCCUACUUAUAACACAAAGGCUACAUACAGUGGGCCCAUGCAAAUGACUGAAACAAACAAUUCAAAUAAACACAAUAGGGUUAAGAAUCCCGACUGACCAAAGGCAAACCAGCUAUCUAUUUACAUGCUUGAGCUAGGCUUUGAACUUGGGACUAUCGAGAACAAAUCCAGGCAGCAGUCAGGGCAGAACUUAGAUAGGGGCCUCUGGAAUGCAAGUCCAUUUCUGUCACUGCGCAGCUUUGCUGCCCUCAAUGAGCCAUUUAAAUCAAAGCAAGACUCUUCACAGGUUUCGUUAUUUCCCUGUAGAGAUGCAAGUAGAAGAGAUUUUGAAAGAUCUGAGUCUCACAGUAAAAAGCGACAAUCUUCAACUGAAGGCAAUGGGCAUUCCUCUCAGCAACAGUCUACAACUGCUCCAAUGUCACCCCACUCCAAGAAAGUGUCUCCAAGAUUCUCACCUCGACAGCAGUCACCAAGGGCAUGGCCUGCUUCACCUCCUUCAUCAACAAGCUCUGCAGUAACUCAACCACUGUUAGUUGUCACAUCACAGUCAACUUCUUCCUCUAACGUACCAUCAGUGUCAUCCUCAGAUGAUGGCAUUCUGGCUUCAAAGCAGCGUCCGUUACUCACGGUUUGUUCCACACCAUCUCAGUCUGUACCUGGAUAUGGUCCUGUGUUGGGGAAUAAAUUGAAAGAUGGCACAGGAAGGCCAACUCUCAUAUCUUCACUUUCACCUCAUGAAGGACUUCAAAGAAAGGUAGUUUUACACUCUAUGUGGAAAACAAGUCAUGUUGCAGGGUUGUCACUAAGAUUUCAAGUUGCCGGGUAAAUAUAUCAAGCACAGUAGGCAGGGAAUCAAACAGCUAGGGAUUUCUUUUGGCUCUAUUUUUCCUCUAUUUUCCUAUGAGAGUAGCCAGAGGCCACAUUCACAGUGGCUGGGGAAAAUCCCUGGCCCCCGGCUCUUGACAACAGCCCUGCAUGUUGAUUUUUCAUUGUCAAGUUGUUAGUGUACAGUGUAACUUUAAGCCACUUGGAAUGCCUUUCUAGGAAAAUGCAUAGCAUUCUAGCAGAAGCAGUCAAAAAUAAAUUACUUACACACAGGGCAAUUUCCCAGGGGGUUACUCCCAUACAUUACCUAUACGGGUAUGUGCGCCCAACGGGGUCAUGAUUUUGAAGCUCCUGAUUUAGAACGGGGUAUCCAUUUCAGUGGCAUUUUCUAGGAGGGGCUAUAAUAUUUCGAACGCACGAAAGCUCCAGUUUUGUAAGCAGCCAUUUGAAAUUAUUCAAGGACGGAUUGCUUUUGAAAAUACGAUUCAAUGCGUUAACAAGCAAACUGUUGUACUCUUGUUGCACCCUGUGUUUUAGCGUGCAGGGCGGGCGUAUUUUGAUUCUUGAUCAGAAUGUUUACUUAAUUGCCAGUGACCUUUACUUGGCUCCUUUCGAAUAGAAUCGCAUUGGUUGUCUAUGACGGCAAAACAAGAAACUGUUAGAUAACACUUUGUUUGGCCUUUUGUUGAGACCGAAGAUACAAGCAAGAAAGUGGAGCAUUUAACGAUCACUCCGAUAAACAAAGUAUUGUAAUCUAUGUGAUUUGCUUUAAUCUACAUCUACGUUGUAGUUUAGUAACUUGAUAUUCAUGAUUUUUUUUUAAUAAGAGUUUUUAACACGAUUUUUAAUAAGAUGGGAAAUAAAAAAAAUUGUGGAUCACGGCUUUAUCUUCUGCUUAAAAUUGUUGCUGAUUAUGAAGAAGCAUUUAUUUGAUGUAUAAGCGAACAAAUAAAGAAAUAUCUUUUUAAAAAGCGGGGCUAUUUCAAUUUACAAACUUUCUAGAAUGGAGUAUAAAAAAUUGGUCCAUUUCUAAAACGGGGUGUCAGUUUUAGGGCGAAUUCUAGAACAGCGUAUAAAAAAUUGGCCCAUUUCUAGAACGGGUUAUCAAUUUUAGGGGAAAUUUUUUUUAGAACGGGUGCCAAUUUGGAGUCCUGGGCAGCACAUACCCACCCAAAAAAUACCCAAGUGCCCCCCACACCCCCCUAGGGUCAAUUUAAGAUACUGAAAGUUUAUAGCUUGUGCAAACAGGAUGGGGCAUCAUUUAUUAAUAUAUACAGGGGUGACUUACUGCUAUAAAUUUUUAUUGAAUAGGAGUCAUAUUCUGGUCUUAUGGUGGAGGCCAUAUCUCCUUCUGCUCCAGGUAAAUACAAGACUCUGUUAUUUGUAUUUGAACAAGUUAUGUGUUGUAAAGAUUGCAUCACAGUUAAUGCAAAAUGUACAAAUUAUUGUAAAAUCAGUUCAUCAUUAGUCAUUAUGAAUGAGUGACAGUUUUACUAUGUUUAUUUUUAAUAAUUAAAUGAACAGAUCACAUAAGUACAGUUGUACUUGUAUAAGAAAUUUGUAGAUUUUACCCUCUCCUAUCUGUGUUAAUUUAUGCAGCAUUAAAGCUAGUGGUAUGAGACAGAUGCCAUAAACAAAUUGUUUAUUUCACUCAAGUUGAAUACAUGUUUGUUAUCAAGGCAAACCAUUACGUUUAGAGUUUGACUGUAAUAUUGGCUUUUGUCUCACUUAGCCCUAACCUAUAGUAGGGAAUAUUUUAAUUAACAUACAUGCCAUCGCACCUGCACAAUGAUGUUUUUUUUUUUUUUUUUCACUUCUAACCAAAAAUUAUUGGAAAGUUUUGUGUUUUCAUUUUCAAAAAGCUUUGGAAAGAGAACUUUGUCUCGUCCAAUUCAGUCUGUAAUCAUACUUGUGAAUGAACAAAUUGGACCCCAGCUACGCACUUGUCCGAUUUCGUUUGAUCAGUUGUAUGGUUACAGUCUGAAUUGAACUCCACUCAGUCCUGUUACCAUUAUAAAUCACUCUAGCUUCUGAAUCAGGCGUGGAAAAAGGUGGUGAUAGUAAGAAAGAAGUCAAAGAUGAGCAAUCAGAUAUGAUGUCUAAAGAUGAACUUUUACAAGGUAUGGAGAAGGUGGACCGGGAGAUUGCACAGGUCAACCAACAAAUCAACAACCUUAAAAAAAUGCAGGUAAGAGACUAGGAUCCUUUUUACCAUGCUUGAGUUCAGAUUAAAAAAUCAUUAAAAAAAUCGACAGUGCACUUUUUUUUAAACAAAAUGAUGGUUUAUUGAGAUGGCUAGUUUAAUAAUCUGUAAUUGGCCAGUUUCAAGUUAUUAAAAUUCAUACUUGGCACCAACAGGCUGAGGGGUAAAUAGAACUCAUUGAGAAUCGGGGAUCAACAAUUCAUUUCUCUUGUUUUAUUACCCUCAGCCUUAGAGCCAAUUGUGAAAAAUUUUGAUAAUCUGAAAAAGAAAAUCCCUAGCUGUUUGAUUUCCCACCUAAUUGUCGUAUUUACCUGCCAACUUGAAAUCUUAGUGACAACCCUGUGAAAGUGGCCUAUUUGAUAUUAGACUGUUCAUAGCCCCCUAUUUUUUCUAUUGGCAGUGAUUUUGUUACCUCUGCAUCUCGCAUCCCUGACACAUAAAAAUCCUUAAAGAUGCAAAAUAAUUCUUGGCAUGCAUCUCAUAGCACGCAAAGAUUGAUCAAUCUAUCCAUGUCUUUUUGUAGAAAUAUCCUAUUCGUGUAAUUUCUGUGGUAGUUAUUAUGGCUGUUGUUUGACGAUGUAUAUUUCUGUUAGCCUUUGUUGUGCUUUAAAAUGGAAGGUCUAUAUUUUAAUUUCAUUAUACUGUAGUAAAGAGUUUUGAAGUCCGUCUUCAGUUUAAUUGUCUGGUUACAUAAAGGCCAAAGUAUUUUCAAUUUUGGACUCGUUUUUUUUGGUUUUUUUUUUUCAACUGGGACUCAUGAUUUCUCACAAAAUGAGUCCGACAACUCACCAUAACUAUUUGUAACAAAAUCAGUGUUUAAGAUUGUCAAAAUCAAGCUCUUACAUUAAUUUCAUACUUAUCCCCUUGGUACUUGGUACAUUUGAAACCAAGAUGGCCACCUGCAAUAGUAAGCACUCAAUCUUGACGAACUUACCGCAAAAAUAGCGGACUGGCCAGUCUAAUUUGAAAAAGGGUUUUAGUUAUCUACUGUUUAAACGAAACGGGCUUCAACACUUGAACGUGACACACCCCUAAGGUAUCCAGUAACCUUAAGAAGCCAUUCUUUGUGUUGUCACACAACACUUUUCAGUUUGAUGUGGGAAUAAGCAUUGCCUUACACACAAAAAACAGCUAAAUUACCAGUGACUUCUGUGGAUUAACAUAAAUACUUUUUUGUACAUUUAUAGCUCUUCUACAAGUUUUCAUCCUUUAUUUUCAAAAUAUGUAUUCUAUAACCAUGUGUUGAUAUACUCACAUAAACUGAAGAUGUACAUGUACCUUAAAAGCUUAUUCACCAUUAUGGUCAUACAUUGUUUUCAAUAUUUGCCCAAUAUUGUAGAAACAACUUGAGGAUGAAGCUUCCAAACAACAAGAUGAACCCAAAAAAGAAGAAAUACCUGCUCCAGAAGUCAAGCCCAAAAGUGUCGUGCAGAUUAUCUAUGAGGAAAACAGAGUAUGUUAGCCAUGCGUAGCAUACUUUAAUUAAUAUAAAAUUAUUUUAUUCAUUAUUAUUUUUGGAACAACAUUCCUUCAUCCAUCUGUCAAAAAUCUUCGAAAAAACAAAUUGAAUGUGUACUGACAAGUUAUUAUGUUGCACAGUACUAAUAUUAUACCAUAAAGUUCCGAAAAUAAGCCACGGGGCUUAUAUUUUUCAAAGGCUCUUUUUGAGGGGCUUAUUUUUGGAGGGGCCUAUAUUCGGAGGGGCUUAUCUACAGGGGGAAAUUUGCAUUUCAAAAGCCUUAUAGUUGGAAGGAAAUUUACCCUGGCCCCGGGGGGCCUUAUAUUUGGAGGGGCAAGUUAACGGAGGGUUUUUUGCGUUACGAGUUUGGGGGGCUUAUAUUUGGAGGGGCUUAUUUUCAGAAUUUUAUGGUAUACUUAUUUCUUUUUCUGUUAUCAAUAGUGUUUGUAAUUACAGUCGAACCUCGAUUAUCUGGACUCGUUGGGACCAGACGAAAUAGUCCGAAUAAUCAAGGUCCAUAUAAUCGAAAAUAUGAAUAUUAAUGAAGACCAAAACUGAUUAAAUUGAAAAGACGACAAUUAAUUGUGAAACAAGACUUUUACAAAUCAUUUAGGGGACCAGAAAUUGAAGUGCCAGAUGUUCGUUCCUGAAUAAACCAGACAUACAGGACUUUAUCGAGCUGAUCAUCAUGUGCAACUUUCAGCAAUUUUUGCUUCAGUCCUUCACUGGUCUCUAAGAUGUUGGCAAACUUCAGGAUCGUUUGUGUGUUCUUGCAGAUGUCAGAGAUGUCAUAUUCAGCUGACAAAUUGGUUCCUUUUUCUCUUUUCUCUAGUCGCACAAUUAUAGACUGUGAUCUUUUAUCAAAAAAACGUAUCACUUGCGCUUCAAAAACAUCAUGAUCGUAAAUAAACAUUUGUGAUGCUAGCUUGUUUGUUUUGCAUACCACACCGAGCGAGCCAAUAAAAUGUAGUAGAGCGUGAAAUUUUACUGAUCAACAAUGCAACUCUGAGCCAAUCAGAACUCAUUCGAAUGUUCCUCAUUAGUUACGACUCGUGCAGGCGCUACUUUUGCUGUUUGUAAGCAAAAAAACCUUGCAUUUGACUGCACUUUUCAAUGCUGUGGUUUUAAAAAGGAUAUGGCUAUCGAUCUUGAUUGUGACUUAUAAAUAUUGAUGACCAAAUUGGGACCAGAGAAAAAGUCCGGAUAAUCGAGGUUCGACUGUAAUGCUAAGUGGAGAAAAAAUAAAAUACAAGCACAAAUACAAAUUAUCUCCUCAACUCUAAUUUUUCCAAACUUGAUUUAUACAGCUAUGCAUCAUUAGGUUUGAUCACUUGUAGUUGUAGUUCCCAGGCUACUUGCAUGUCUGAAAUAUUAACUUACAAAAUCAAGUCUUUUUUAUAUAUUUUAUGGUAAACCAUCAGCAUAGCAAGGAAGACUGUUAUAUAAGACAAAACUUACAGUCAAGCCAGGUCAAGCAUACCCCACAAGAUUCCAUUAAUGAAUUUAUCAUUCGAAAGUUGAAUUCGUUGGUAGCUGUAGAUUUCUGAUUCAUCUCUGCAUUCUUGCAUGUGUAAUGAGCCGUGAAUUCACAUGCGAGGCGGUUGUAAAAUUUCUACCAGCUCGGUUUCCCUGAAUUUGAUGUAAAUGUCUUCGAAAAAAUGUUAUUCAUUCAAAGAUUUUCAGUCUGACCAAUUACAGAGAAGUUCUCAUAAAAUAUUCGCUGCUCAUUACACAUGCAGAAUGCCAAUUUGAAUUUGACACUAGUUACAGGAACGACGAACAGAUUCAUUUUUCAAAUAAUCAAUUUACGCUUGAUCUGUCUUGACUGUAACUAUGAUACUUAACUCACUCUUUCAUCUGCAGAAAAAAGCUGAAGCAGCCCAAGCAAGAUUAGCAAAACUUGGUGUACCUCUUCCUGGUGGAAAGGUAUCUACUCAAUUAAGAGCUUAACUAGUUAAGCUGUUAUAGAGAGGCCUUGUCAGCUGUUGGGGUAAAAUUUGAACAAGCAAUAUGGCCUUAAAAUGACAACAUAAGGCAAAUGAAAUCGUGACAAACCACACAAGAUGGAUUGAAACUUUGAUGAGGGCAAGCAAAAAUACAGUAAUAAUAUACCAACAGGGACAAGGGGUCCUCCUCAAUAUGCAAAACAAUAGGUUUUGAAAUUCAGACGGGGGACAUAUUUACCCUCCUCCUUACCCCAGGGGGUACUUCAGAUUUCAAGUGACAGGGAGGAUCGAAGGAUUUUGGGGGGGAUUUGGGGGGGGGGAACUUGAUUUAAGUAGGGAUUUUUGGGGGUAUUCAAAACAGUCUGAUGAUUCGUAGUUAUAUCAUUUAUUGCUUUCUGGAAAUUUUUAUGGCUCAGAAAUUUGGCAUGGGAUUUUUGGGGGUUAAAUUUUGGUCCAGGGAUUUUUGGGGGUUUUGAUUUUUGCCCCCAUUUGAUCAUCCCUGUCACUUGAAAUCUGAAGUACCCCCCUGGGCCCCUUACCCUCUUCAGUGUGUACCAAUUGAUUAAGUCUUAGAAGUGAUGGGACCCAGUUUCUCAAAACAUUAUUGAAUAUUGUCAGGAUUAACAAGUCUGCAGUCAGUUAAGGGUUAUUAAUGAGCUUGUUGCUUGACUGACUUCCUUUGGAAAAGUGUACCACACUCUGCUUGUGAUCAAUGCGUUGUGAAAUUUUUCUCAUGGUACAUAAAUCGUUGAAUCUGUGAACAAAAUUUCGGUUUCCCAGCUUGUUUAACUAUAUAAUAUCUGAAUUUCAAGGAGUGAAAAACGUCCUGUCAACUUACAUUUUAGUUAUACAACUGUACUAUAUGCAGAAAGAAACUAAUGUCAAGGCUUUUUAAGAAAAAUACUUAUAGGACCCCAACCUCUAACCGCACAUGUGUAUAAAAUCCAGCAUGUCUUGCACUUAGAGCUAGUAUGUUUGGUGCAAAACUGAGAUUUCUUCACUGGCUACAGUCAAAAGUAAAUUACCAUAGAACAAUGAGCAACACAAGAGUAUAGCUUUGCAUGUAGGCUGUGGAUUGAGCUUCGUAAUAUAAUUAUGCGUACUAACUAAUGUUUUUUUUUUAAUCACUAUGACAGCCAUUGUAUAAUCAGCCCUCUGAUCUUCCAUGUUACCAUGAGAAUCUAAGAAAGUGAGUAACUAACUGAAAUACUGUUAGCGCAAUAGUCUUACGCUCAUGAUAUCUUUUUCUUUCAUGAAAAGAUAGCUUUUAUCAUGGUGUUCGUGAUUUUUACUUUGAAAAUGUUGUACGGUUGUGUUUUAGAGCCCCAGCUGUCAAGGCUAAAUUGGUGAAAUAUUUUCAGUUGAGAAAGCAAGCCAAAGAAAUUAAGGUAAUCUGCAAUCUCUAGAACUAUAGCUAAAUGUAGUCAUCUCACUUGUAGCCUGCUAACAAGCUCUCCAUUUAUGAUGAGCGAAGCUAGUCGCGAGAGAAUGCGCGAGAGAACAUGCAAGCGCACUCGCACCUCCUUUCGUGUGCUGCUCUCACGUGACUUCUCGUGACUCCCCCUAAUGGAGAGUUUUUUUUGCAGGCUAUCUCACUUAAUGUGUUGCUCUUCUUGGAUAGGUUUUAUUCAGUCCUCAGUGCAGUGCAAGGAUAUCUCUCAGGGAAAUAAUAAUUCAUAUCAAUGCAUGUGGAAAAUUAAUAUCGUUUUUAUUUUCAAAGAAAUUGUUGUUCGUUGCGUAGAUACUAAGUUAACAAAAGUCUGAACUGGAAUCCAAGUAACCACGUUUCAUGGUGUCUGGAUUUGUGUAGGCACGGCCUUAAUGUCACUUUCUACUCUUUUGAUACAAAGCAAACUUGCCUUCAAAAACAGCCAUCUCUCCUCACUCCUCGCCGCUAGUGAGAGCUAGGAAUUACAGCCGGUUUUGCAGGCUGUUUUCCCAUCCAGUGGAUUCCGGGUAUCCACGUUCAUGUAUGUGAGGCCUUAGUGUCACCUUCUACUCCUUUGAUAUGUAAUUCGAUAAAGCAAACUAGCCUGCGAAAACAGCCAUCUCUCCUCUCUCCUCGUCGCUAGCGAGAGCCAGGAGUGACGGCUGUUUUCACAGGCCAGAAGCAAACAUGAUGUACACGUUUUAUUUCAGAAUCGUCAAUUAUGUAAAGAGUACAAGACUUUAAAACAAACAUGGCUCAAGAAAAUAGAGCGACAUGAAAACAACCCUAAGAGGAAGUAAGUAUAAUUUUGGAUCCUUGUCUCUUGAGCAUUUGCCUUAGAAAUGGAGGCGGGUGGGGGUGGCAAGGAGGUUAAAUUUUAAUCCGGGGUUCUUUUUCUUUUGUUCAAAAGCAUUUUCUCAGACAAUUUUCUUUACUGUUUUUGGAGCAUAUAGUAAUUAAUCCAAUUGUAGUCAACAAAAAUAAACUGAAAGUUCUUUUUAAGCUUUCAAAUAUGAAUUUACAUCUCUCACUAACCCUAGGUUAUCUUAAACCAGCUUUGAUCGAGUUGGCAACGAGGUUGAUUAUUUUGGUUAAAUUUAUAGGUGAUUAGAUAUAAAAUGCAACUCUCAUUAGUUUCUAUAUCAAGUUUAUUCUUUGUUUUCUUACCGUUGUUAUUUUUGUUGUCAGACAAAAAGAAGCGAAGCUGCGAGAGUUUUAUGAGAAAGUAUUUCCUGAAAUAAAAAAGCAGAGAGAGCAAACUGAGAGAUUCACUCGGUAAGUUACUUUGUCUUUGAAGUGCUUAUGUUAAUCUUGAGCAUAAAGGUUUAGAGAUAUAACAAUGCGAUAUCUGUUUGUCACUCUGUUUCCAGGAUGGGUUCCCGAAGUAACUGGGGUAUAGUAGCUAGAAGUGAAGCUGAGUUCAAUGAAAUUGUUGACAACCUUAAUGAACAAGAGGUAUGGACAAGGUGGUAAUGAAAAGAAAAAGCUUUCCGGUAUACCAGGGUUACUGUAAAUGAUCUAAUUGACGCCCCCUAUCAAAUAAACGCUUCUUGUCUAAUAAACGUCCCCUCCGCGAUGUUACGUUUCUAUUAGGUGUCCCUCUCUAAUAAAUGCCCCCCCCCCGGCCCAUGACAGUUACUCCAAAAUACUAGGAAAUGGCAAAAAAGAGCGAAAUCAUUCAAUUUACUUGGUUUGUUGCUUCAUUAACAAGGGUUUGCGUAUUGCUUCUUGUUCAAUGUCAAGUUGAAAGGGAGGAUAGACUAACAAUGACAACUCAAUGACCCAGUGAAUGAGGACUUCUACACGCCCUUCCCAUGACAGUUACUCCAAAAUACCAGGAAUUGGCAUAAGAGCGCAAAAUCAUUCAAUUUAUUCAGUUUCUUACUUGAUUAGAGCGAUUUUCGUAUGACCUUGAAAAAUGGUUUCGGAAAGUGUUCGAUUUUUUUAUCAGCCAAUGGAUGAAAAGAUCAAAACAUGGCCUCUUUGUUUUCCAACCAAAGAAAACCCUAAAAUAGAGAAGGCAUUGGCAAUCGUGUUGCAGUAUGAUGUCAAAGCUAAGUAUCAAUUGAUUUCUAGAAAGUUCUCGGGCAUGAAGUUUUUUCACCCAAGCGUUCGCUUAACCAACGAAAAUCCGCGCGCGUUUGUAUCUGUUCGAUAAACCAAUCAAAUAGCUGUAUUACUGUUCAUUUGUUGUUUCUGUUUUGUUUGCGCGUUUUCAUUGCAAGGUCAUACGAAUAUCGCUCAAACAAGGCUUUGCGCAUUGCAUCUUGUUCAAUGUCGAGUUCAAAGUAAGGAUAGAGUAACUAUGACAAAUAAACUAUGACUCUAAGCGAGGACUUCUAAGUUGGGAUUUAAAAGGGGGAUCUCUAGACGGUCUAGACGAAUCAAUUUAUUGAUGCACUGGAUAUUCCUCUAUUUAUAAACGCCCUUCAUAUUUCAUUUGCCGAAAGGAAAGUUGGUAGAGAUGGUUAUAGGCCCCCUCUCCGAUCCCUAAAAUUAAAUAAAAUGCCUCGGGCAUCUAUCAGAUAAAUUACGGUAUUGAUUUAUUUUUUGUUUAUUGUUUUUUUUUUUUUUUUAAUUUAGGCCAAUGAACGUCACAUGCGAACUUUAGCUGUUGAACCACCGCCCAUGUUAGACAAGGAAGAAAGAAGAUUGAAGUUCAUUAACAGAAAUGGUAUACUUCAGUUUGUUGAAUCAAAUUCUUUGACUAACUUAAAUCUGUUUAGACAUUUUAUGCACUGUGCAGGAGAGAGAAAUUUUUGCCCCGGGGGUACUCGACGAGGCUCUAUACUUUGAGGUCGAACCCCUGACCCUUUUAUAUACCAUUUUUGACAAUUAAGAUUCUCCUUUCAUAUAGCUUCUAUUGACAAAUGGUGCCCCUUCCAUAUACCUAGUUAAAACACUGCAUCCCUUUUACCUUCUGCAAAUGCACCGGGUUUUUUUAUAUGAAUAAAUCACUAAAUCAGGAAGUUGUCUUUGUCCUUUUCAUAACCCAAUACGCCUCUCUCAGCCCUUUUAGGUCGUUUUAUAGACCAAAAUGACACAAAAUUACGGAUUUCCCUCCCCUUUCAUAUACUUUAAACAGUAAAAUCCCUACCCUUUCAUAUACCUGCAGCCUGAAAAAGGUACCCCUUUUGUGUGGAGCCUUCCCAUAUAGGCCACUGUAGGGCGUACCCUCCCCCUCUCUGGGCAUUUGCGGCCACUGUCUUAACCUGCAACUAGGCGUCCUUUUUUUUCACAGGUUACCAUAUUCUAGAAGUUUACUUAAUACCGUGUUGUUAAUCACGUUUAUUCCGCGUUCUAGAACUUACACUAAAACAUUGUUGUCUUUUUACAGGCCUCAUACGGGAUCCACUAGCAACUCUCAAUGAAAGAAAGCACAGAAACAUAUGGACAGAGAAAGAAAGGCAGAUAUUUAAAGACAAGUAAGAUAUAUAUUUAGUAGGGUGACCACUAUUGCUUGGUAGGAAGUUGAGAGAAUACCCUGCAAGCAUCCUCGGAGACCCAGGGGCAGAUAGAGGCGGGGCGAGGGAAAGUCUAAACAGGCGGGAAAAAAAUGGCGCAAAGAAAACUUAGACUUUCCCUCGCCCCCACUAUCUGCCCCCGGGUCUCCAAGGAUGUCCUGCGAGCAGAAGUUUCUCUUGCAUGUCUUUUAGCAUUUACGAAGUCGUUCGUGUCGCUUGUCAGUCGCGUGGUUGGUUUGUUUUACACGCCCCAGGAGAAACAAACCGACUACGCGACUGAUAAGCCACACGAACGACUUCGUAAAUGCUAAAAGACAUGCAAGAGAGACACCUCUGCUUGCAGGCCAGGGUAUAGAGAGGAAAGACGUUUUCACCAUAGUAUGUAGAGUAGAAGGCAUAGCUUGAGCGACAAAUGAGUGAAUUACUACAUUAUAAUCGGCUUUACAAUCAGGUUUCGCCUUAUAGGUAAGUUAGGGCAUCCUUUAUUGGAAUGGAAUUAUUCAUUUUUUUUAAUAAUUUAACUCUUUGCCUGACUUAACUCAAUCGUGGUAACUACACUGUAAAUAAAAAAGUUCUGCUUUAGCCCUAAAAAUGGGGCCGUCUCUGUGAGUAAAAUGCAGUCCUAUUUUUUGGGUUUUAUUUAAAUGCCUUAAUUAGCGCCAACACAGUCCAGUUACUUAUAGCCUGUUCCAGCCUCCAAGAUAGUCAGGUCCGCUGAAUAAAGAAAGCGCAAACACGAAAAUAAAACGGGAGGAAACUGGGAGAGCUUUCCUUUUUCUUUUUCCCGCCCCGCCAACUUUUCGCGUGCCUUUUUCUUUCGCGUCUUCCCCCACUAUCUAAGAGCCUAGAACAGGCUAAGUUACCUAGGGCUGAUUUGGACCCAAGGGCUGAAAUAAGCCCCAGCUUGGGCUGGAAUAGCCUUUUGAAUUUUAAUGGGGCUGUCUUGGCUGAAAUUGUGGUCAAAUGGCUCCAGGAAAAGCUGAAUCAGACUUUGACCUGCAGAGCUGAAUUGGCAGAUCUUUUUUAUUUACAGUGCAUACUGUAAUAGUCUACCUGUAGUGUCUUUUUGUUUGAAUUUUUUGAGUUGAUUUCCCUUAUGAUAAUUAUUUACUUGUAGGUUUAUCCACAACCCCAAAGACUUUGAUCUGAUCUCAUCGUUUCUUCCCGGCAAAGUAAGUAAAUGAUCUUUACAAACGUGUCCCUGGCUAUCUUAUUUGGCCGUAAUAUUGAGGUGUCUAAGCAGGCUGAAUUUAGACAAACAGUCUUUCCACUGUCCCUUGUAAAGAGAUAUAAAAAUCCCGAACUCGACGCGGUUUCCCGCGCUUGUUGCGGACUACAUGUAAUUUCUCUUAGUUCUGAUUGGUUGAUUUUACCAGCAGUACUUGUUAUGAUUGGCCAGUUUUUGUUUUACCAUAUUCAGUCAACUCAGCCGUGGUAUUCACGCGGUGUGGGCCAAAGUCUGUGGUAUAAUAAAACUUGUAAUGCCUGAAAUAAUUACCAGAGAGACACUAAAGAAUGUCUCUUUGUGGCUGUCCUUUCCAGAGUGUGGCAGACUGUAUCCUGUUUUACUAUCAGACCAAAAAGAAGGAGCAUUACAAACAGCUGUCCCGAAGACUUAACUUGAAGAAAAGACGCCGGGAUCAAGUAAGUUCUACUUAAUUCUUAUUGUUGGUUAGAACAAACUAGGAACAAAUCUCGUGUGGACCUCUCCACUCAAAGUUAUAAUCUGCAAAUGAAUUUUUUACACUGUAUAAGGUUCUUCUAUCCUUCAAAUUUUCAAAUGACAGCAGUGCUUGCUUUGGUUCAGUUUUUGGAGUUGAUUUUUUGUAUCAUUUGAAUUUGUGGUUGAAAUCCAUUUACAACUAAGUUAGUAAUCUGGUACCAGAUAACUGAUAGCAGUCAUCUUCCAGCAGAUAAUCUGUAGGUUGUGCUGAUUUCCAUAAUUAACUAUAGGCUCUUAGCCAAUUGGGAGACAGAAAAUGAGUACCAUGUAUAGUAAAGAGAGUGGUUAAUGGUACUGCUGUCUAUUAUGCUGUAUAAGGUGUUCUUGAGAAUAAACAAAAAGUAAACUGCGAUGAUUAACAUAAGGAUAUAUAAACGUAUUUCUGGAAAGAAUUGAAACUUUAACUUGACCUUUCGUAUGUUCCAACCUACAUCUUCAGUAUUAUAAAUCGUUGAAAAAUAACAGAAAUCUAAACGUAGAAUAAUUAACAAAUUAAAGAAGUAAUAGAUGACUGUUCAGUUCUUGUUUAUCAUUGUUUUACAAAGUACAUUUUACAGCACUUUAAAAUGCUGGGGUUUAAGAAUUUUUUUCAGUCAGCAUGGUAAUUAACAGUUAGGAGGCAAACCAAAUUAAAAGGUCUUUUCCGAGUUCCCCCGGGCCUCUGUUUCAAAAGGAGGGUAGGUGCUCGGCCUCUGAUAUGGAAAUCAUUUUUCAUUCUCAUGCAAAUAAAACUCAUUCUCACAAGAAAGGUUGUGCACCUAGCCUCAUUUUGAAAGUGAGGGUUUUUGGAACUCGGAAGUGGCCUAUUGGUUAGAAUUCUACACAGAAUGCAGCCUUUAAACACCUGCUGUGUUUUUCUAUACAGUUUGCAGCUGGGCGUGAAGGUGCUCCCUCAAACAAGAUAAGAGCCGGUGCCUCAGAAAGCAGGUAAUAUGAAGUGACAAGUAACUUAGCCUGCGAGCAACCUUUCCAUUCGGGGGAGUCGCGAGAUGUCACGCGUGUGCGGCACGCGAAAGGCGACGUGGGAGCGAGAGGCGGGGAAAGGAAGUUUUCCUCCUCCCCUCGCGGCUUUGCCGCUCGUUCUCGCAUUCUCUCGUUGUUCGCUUCGUUCGCCGGAAAUGUGGAGCUUUCUCGCAGGCUAACAAGUAAUACAGAAGGAGACAGUGUUGUCGAGAAUUAGAACAAAGACGUCCAACCUCGUUUAGCCUCUCGUUGUCUAACUUGGUGGCCAAAGCUAAUGUUACACGGGACGAUUGGCAACCACGAUAUUCAGCGGAACACAGCGUUACGACAUUGCUGCAACAUUGUUUCCUGUUACAACAUUGGUCCAACACUGUUGCCUUUAUAAAAAUCUUCCUUGCAAAUGGUCUCGUGUAACAUCACUUAAUAUAUUCUAAUAACUGUCGUACAAGUGAAAACAUUCUGAUGGCGCGGGACGAUUGAUCCGGACAAGUAUAGAAAACAUCAUCGGGAGAAGUGGCCAUUUUUCUCAUUUCAUUUACUUACAGUAAGUGACCCACCUCCAAAGCCAGGGAAAAGCGCCCUGGGAACGAGGUUGGAAUUAUCUGGUUAAAAGCAAAAAUAUUCGUUAUAGCGGGUUAAUCUAAUAAAUAACAAUUACCAAAAAUUCAAUACUGCUCGUAGAAAACAUCAUUUUUAUUUGUUGUAUCCUCAAAGUAAACUGUAAGUGUAAAUCGCUGACGAUCAAGACAUCAAAUUGAAAAUGACUUUCAAUUAGAGCAAGCUGUGAUUUCUACUCAAAUCUGUCGUUUUUACCGACUGCUGCGAGCGACCAGACAAAAUAUGCGUUACAGGGAGGUAAAUUGUGCGUUGGGGCCGUCAAAAUCUAUUCGUUAUAGCGGGAUGCGUUUCCACAUAUUUUACUGGAAUUCUGCCGGGCUUUCAGAUGUUUUUCCGUUAUAACGGGGCCUUCGUUAUAGCGGGGUUCCACUGUACAACAGAGUAAUAGAGGUCUCAUUGCAGGCUAGUAGAGGAAAUAGUUAGACGUUUCUGUCUCAUGAUAAUAUUGUUGCUCUUAUUGUUUAUUACAGUGCUAAAGGUGAUCGGGGAGGUUCCGAGGGAGACGAGGAUUUAGAAGAAAUGACAGACUCAGCAGAGGAGAGUGAGGAAAAUGAGGACAACCCCCCACCCCCUGUAACCACCCCUCAAGUGGCCACACCCACACCACCAGCCAAGAGACCAGGUGUGAUGCUGCAUAAAUAUUGCCUGUUUUUUUGUUGUUGUUGUUUUAAGUAUCCGUAUAAGAUCCUGGGAAUAUGCCCUUCUACCCCUCCCUUAACCCAUUGUUUUGCCCUCAGUGAGAAGGUAGGGUUAACGUAGCUUUAGGAGAGGGGUAGGUGAGUAGUUUCCCAGACAAACAAAGCUAUCAUAAAAAAAUAUUAAGGAUCAGUAUAAGAUUCUGGGAAUCCGUCUACCUACCCCUCCCUUAAUGCAACCUUUUUCCUUUAGAGAAAAGUUAGAGGUAACUUUGGAUUAGCUGGGGGAAGGGGGCCGGUGGAUGGGCGCUCUAUCAGUCUCUUAUGAAUAUUUUUUGCCUUUGAAAAGUUAGUUUCAACAGGCAGCUACGCUGCUAAGUCCAGCGUUUUCUAUUGUUGCUGGUUUUCAUUGUCACGCCAUCAAGAAGUAAGCUCUAAACCGUUCGGUUUACUGUCAUUUCGAUACAAAGUCGUUUCAAUAUCACUGCUUAAGUUCGUAUCGAAAGGACCGAACUCCAACCGUUCAAUAGAUAAAGUUCAGAUUCUGGGAAAUGAAAGGAGGUAAAUAUGCAAAAACCCUCGUUAAGAAUCAGGUCAAUGAAAUUGACCCUAUGCGAAGCAUUUGGAGAAAUGAUUUGCCCAAAUUUCUAGAGCUUUGUAUGGAGAUGUCAUUUUGGUUCCCAUCAGGAUGGGCACCAGCGUGUUGACCGGAAACCCACAGAAACAUCUGUCACUCAGUUUUACAACGAAAGCGAGAUACAAUGACUGUUCAGGUAGCAAAAUCCCCAAAAAGAAGUCACUUCUUUAUUUAACCUACACUCACACGACAGCUCUCCCGUCCGGCAUGUACGUACCGCGUCCACGCACAAAACAAAGAAUUAGCUGCUCUAAUACUUCAUGAAAGUAAUACUCAGGAGGAUCGAUAAUCCUUUGGUUGAUAAAUUUUAUAAUGAGAAUUUUUUCGCCGGGACUAAAUCAGCGUGACAAGAGUGAGCUCGGAGUGGGAAAGCACAGCUAAUCCGUUUUAAGCUGAUUUUGUUAAGAAAGCCAUCUUACACUUCCUGGCUCUCCAUUAUACUUAGCUGCUCGUAAUUGAUUUUGAUAACUAGCAUUCACUUAGUUAGACCGUUCCUUUCAUUCAAGCCCGCCAUUUGGCUUUUUAAAGCUUUGCUUAAAAUACUCAGAACUAGCAUGCCAGCAAGCUUUCCAUUUCUAGUGGCAAGCGAAGCGAGCGGUGAGACAACGUGCGAUCGAGCGGCAUAGCCGCGCGGUGCGAAGGAAAGAAUUUCUCCCGCCCCUCGCUCUCGCGUUCCGCUCGCGUGUGACUACUCACAUUAUCCCCCAAAUUCACAGCUACCUCGCCAGCUACUCAGACCCAUUAUUUCAUUUCUUAUUUGUUUUUGCUGUUGUUUUUAAAGAUCAUGUAGAGACUUCCCGUUGGAGUGAAAAGGAGAUAGAAAUAGCUCUUCAAGGUGAAGUUGUAUUCUUGCGACAUUUGUAACAGAGAAGACAGUACUUAAAGGGGCCCAAAAGUGUGACCGCUUUUGAUUUAUUCACAUUCUUACGUGCAGAUUUAAUCCAAUCAGAAGCCAGCUGGAAACUUUGCUCGAUAUCUGAUUGGUUAAUGUCUGCAUGAAAGAAUGUGAAUUAAUUAAAGGAGGUCUCACUUUUGGGCUCUUUGCUGUAAAGGAGCAAGGAGCAAGUCCUUAAAGGGGCCCAAAAGUGUGACCGCUUUUGAUUUAUUCACAUUCUUUCGUACAGAUUUAAUCCAAUCAGAAGCCAGCUGGAAACUGUCCUCAACAUCUGACUGGUUUAUGUCUACAUGAACGAAUGUGAAUUAAUUAAAGGAGGUCACACUUUUGGGCUGUUUGCUGUAAAGGGGCUAUGUUAGAAGGAUAUUGCUGUUUUAAGUCAAUUCUGUGCUUUAUUACUUGCUCCUGUGGAGUUAUGGAUUAGAUAUCAAGCAAUUUCGUUGGGGAGCACUGUCCAUAAUAAUGUGUUAGUGAUUUUUGCAGGCAUAGCGCAGUAAAACUUUAAAAUUUCACGGGUUUAUAACGAACCAAUUCAACGACCUGCUCCCAGUUGGCUUGUUAGCUUAAUUGGUAGGGCGCUGCACCUGUAUCCCAGAGGUCAAGGGUUCGAAUCCCGUACAAGCCUGAAUUUUUGUUUUUCAGGCUUUCUUUUCGUAACUGCAAAAGUUGCGUAGAUAACUGCGAUGAUCUUCCUUCACAUAAUUCUUCACUCCGCAGUUUCCAUAUAUGACGUUCAUAUAUUCAUAACUUGAAAAUGUUGGCCCAACGUUUUCAAGUUUCAAUCCAAAUACAACCUUGCCAUCCUCAAGUCUUGAAUAACAAAACUCGACCAUUAUUUUGGGAAUUCAAUUGAUGCGAAAAAAUUUUUAGCUUUUUAGAAGUAUAGCAAAUAGGGUGAGUGAAGUAGCCCUUUUAAAACUGAAAUGAUAAUGUAGUUCCAUUAAUUAAAUGCAUAAAUUAUUGAACUUGCAUUGAUAAAUUGCAUUCAUUAAAAUAAAUUACUUCUUUCCAGGGUUGAGGGAGUGUGGUCGUGAUUGGGAAGCCAUAGCUAGAAGAGUGGUGACGAAGACUGGUGCACAGUGCAAGAACUUCUAUUUCAAUUACAAGAAAAAACUGCGCUUGGAAGAUCUUAUAGCGGAAUAUGACAAAACAAAGGUAAUUAUCUUAAUCUUUUGUUACACGUAAUUGACGCUUUCAAAAAAUAAAAUAUUAAUUGCGAAGUUAAGCAACAAGAACGCUGAUGUCCCAAGUAUCAUGAAUGGCAACCGGAAGUGAUACAAGUUUAAAAGCUUUUGUGGAUCCAUUUAGGUUUCUGGGAAACUGCCCACCUACCCCUCCCCUAAGCCACCAUUUUGUCCUAAGUGAGAAGUAAGUGUUAAUGUUAGCUUAGGGGAGGGGUAGGUGGGCAGUUUCCCAGAAACCUAACUUGAACCGCUUUUGUUUCAUGCUUUAAGUCCCAAGAGUGACCAACGUCAAUUUUCUCCUAACCAUAUCAGUACAUAAUCAAGAGGAAUGGUUAUGAGAAUUGAUAAAAUGGUCAUCUACGAGGAAAUGCUUUGAUCUUUUAUCCAAUUCUCUCAACUAAUUCUUUAAGGAAAUGUAUGGAGUUCAGUCAGGAGAAUUUGAGUGUGGAUAUUGGGGCUUAAAGGGUUAACCCCUAUAGUAUGACGCUGGCGACUAAGAGCACCGAAUGGGAGAAAAGACUAACUUCCUCUUCUUAUUCUUGAAUCCCUUGGACCCGUUUCGUAGGGCCUGUUUACGUGGAGGUGGGUGACCCUAGCCUGUGUACAGACGUCCCCUCCGCCUGGGAGGGGGGACGUCUGUACACAGGCUAGGGGACCCCAGGUAGGAGAGGUAACCCGCCUGUCCAUAAAAUCUCUCCUUUUAAUUUGAUCACAUUUACAUGAUAGGUGGGGUGACCCUUCGCGGGUUACCUCACCUAUCUGGGGUCCCCCACCUCCAUGUAAACAGGCACCUAAACAUCCCGGUUAUCUACCGAGCCCGGAGAGCUGUUUCGUUAAAAUUUGCAAGUUAAUGAGAUUCAUGUUCAGAUCCUUAUGAUGGUCAUCACGAAGUGUCUCCUAGCCCUAAUCCUCAGCUAAACGCAAGCAAUUUUGUAUUUUUUUGCAAUUUCGUAUUUCCUCGAAUAAUAGCCGGGGGCGAUGAUUUCUUUUUUCGCACAAAAAUGUGGCGAUUAUUCGAGGGAAGGCGAUUAUUUCAGAUAUUGCUUACUGAAAGUCGUUCCCGAACUAGUUUGUUUUAUUUUCCCAUUAAAUAAAAAAAUAAUCACAUCAAACAAACUGAACAUGGGCUUUUUGAGUGUUCCAAAUUUAGUUCCUUGAUUAGUUUCCAUGGCUUGAAUCGUUACUGAUCAGUUUUGCUGGAUCACAUUGCACUUCAACUUGACAGGGAGAGGAUAAAAGGAAGAGAAGAUAGCGAGAGGGGCGGGGGUGGGGGGGGGGCGCGAUUAUUCGAUUGAGGCGAUUAUUUCCACUUAAAUAUUUCCGUCAAAGAGGAGCGAUUAUUCGAGGAAAUAUGAUAAUUAGUUUAAGUAUUCGCCACUUUAGAAACGAGAAGGAAACUGGAGACGAAAUGAGUCCCGCAAUUGUUUCUGGGAUCGUUACUGGGGACGCGCCAUUCAGCUAUUGGCCAGUUUUUUCCCGUUUCCAUAGUAACAGUCCCAGAAGUCUUUGCAAAAGGUAACUCGGUCCAGUUUCUUUCUCCUUUCUAAAGUGGUGGAUUGAUUUGCUUUUUGUAGCCAAUCACAUAGCAAAAUCACUGCUUUCUUUUGUCGGUGCGAGUGUGUUUCCAUUCUGAGUUAUCCACUCAUAGCGGAGAGUUCAAAUUUUGUUUUCAUCUAGAUUCAGCGUGCUCAGCAACAGCAAAAGCAGCAGCGGGAACAACAUCAACAGCGACAAAAUCAUAAUCCACCGCAACAACCGCAGCAGCAGCAGCAACCACAACAAAAAGAUGUUGCUAGUGCUGAAGAUAAGCAGGAACCAACACCAAAGUUAGGCCCAGAAGCGCAACAAUCAGACACUUCUCAUCCAAAUCAAAGUAACGCCAAAUCAAACAGUGUUGUUACCAGCAAUGUUCCAGUUAUCAACUCCAGAGAUUCUACAUCUGGGACAACUGCUAACUCAGUAACAUCUCCAGCAAAUGUACCGACUACAUCUACGACGUCCUCUAUGUCCAAUCUUCAACUGGGAGGUUCGAGGAUAGUCCGUUCUCAAUCUCCUCGACUGCCGCUAUCCAGCUCAAGCUCCACUCUUUUCAUGCCUACUCCGGGAGUGAUUGCUUCCAUUGGAAGAGCGUCACCAAAUGUGGGAACUACACACCAAGGGCAAGGGUUUUACCAGCCUUUGCUUAUAGAAUCCAUGAAACAGGACACGCAACAUUCGUCAAGAGCCCUUCAUCCGGAAUCCAUACACACUGGGCUAGUAUAUCCGAGAGCUGUGGAUUCAUCUCAUCCAAGACACGGACCUUUGGUUUCCUCGCAUCCAGCGCACUCGAAUUCAGAUUCGCAGUCUCCUUUUGAAGGAUCUUCGGUACUCAAGCAGCUCCCACACUCUACCACAUCUCAUCAUUCUUCGCCAAAUAUUGUUCUUUCUUCUAAAGAGGUACCACUUCCUGGAUUUUCUUAUGCAGUGACCUCCAAUCCAGAGACUUCCCAUGUUACAUCGUCGAAUCUAGGAUCAUCUCAAGGCGGUACCUCACAUCCCGGAACAUCGCAUCCUCCGAUACCGCAACCGGGAGUUCCACACACUCUGACACCACAUUCAGCAAGUUCCAUUUUAUUCACCUCGUCUGGUCCCGCACAUAGUCACAGAAGUUGUCCGCGUAGCCAUUCUCCCGUUAUUGUAACUCCUCAGGAUAAGCCUCACAGCCAAGUGACAUUCCUCAAAGAAGGAACUGUAGGCCAUCCUUCCACACACAAGCCACUGCCUUUGAGUUCAUAUCCUGGGAAUCAGCGAGGUGAACAAGUCAGUAGGAUUAUCAUGAAAACGGAAGACGUUCGAAGAGGUAUGGUUAUUGUGUUAUUAGUGUGUGCUUGUAGAACUGUUUAAAGGUGAUGUUACACGAGACGAUUCGCAACGACGAUUUUUAGCGCAACACAGCGUUGCAACAUUGUUGCAACACUGUUUCGAAUGGUUACAACAUUGUUCCAACGUGGCAACGCCGUGUUGAUAUGCUAUGUCAUGUUACGGGCCUUGAAGACACACCUUACAACCAUGGUUCUAUGUUUUUGGCCGGUCUGGAGGCAGCGUGGCCGAGUGGUUAGAGCGCCGAACUUGCAAUUGGGAGGCCCCGAGUUUAAGUCCCGCUCUGACCCAGGGUGCAAAGAAAGUAGUUUUUAAAGCUUGCCAUUCGGGCAAGCUGAAGCUAGCAUGUACUAGCCCAAACGUCAUUUCAACUAGCCCCAAAAAGAUUUUGAUGAGCAGAAUUGAUUUCACAGUUCUUCUAUAAUUUGAAUUCCUCAAAAAAAGUUAAGAACAAAAUUCACUGGCCCGAUAGCAAAAUCCACUUGCCCCGGGAUAUCGGACACUACUUUUUUUGCACGCUGCUCCGACCGCCAGCUGGAUUUGUUCACGGUAGUCCCAAGUUCAAAUCCUUGGCCAUGCUUGUAAAUAGCCAGCUGGUUUGCCUCCGGCCAGUUGGGAUUCUUAACCCUGUUAAGUUCAAUUUGAAUUAUUUGUUUCAGGCAUUUGCUCGGCCCCACUAGCAUUAGUGCUAUAAAUACUGCCGAGGGUAAAUAACGGAAUUAUAUUUAUAUAUAAACAACUAUCAUUCUUAUCUUCAUUGAUUUGUUUUUACUGUGUCCAUAUUCACUUCACAGUCAGCCCAGAAAUGCAUAAGAAGCCUACGGAUGUUAUUGUUAUUGAUGGUGAUGAGCAGAAGAAAAUAGUGGAAGGCUAUCCACGCCUUGAGACGGCAGAAGGGAAUCAAGCUUCAAGCAUGUUAAGGAGACUAGCGUCUGCAGGAAAUGGUAAGCUAAAGAAAAUGAAAAAUAGAAAAUGGUGAAGAACGCAAUUAAGUCGCAAAUUGGUACAAGAAUUGUUUUAAAAAAAUGAAAAAGAAGUGUAUUCAGUUCUUUCUUUAUAUUGUAUUUUGGAUGAAUUUCUUUUCUUAUUAAUGAAAGCCAUUAUUCUAGGCCAGACUUUUGUAUGGUUUUCAUGCUGAUAGAGCGUUUUUCACUUACGUGGCCAGCAUCUAUGCAAAUUUAUUGGGACAAACGAAAGCAUUUAUAUAAGAAAGGAGUUCACCUAUUUCAAAUGCGGCUAUGAUCGUCGCAGUGGUAAUUGCAAUUUAAGCAGUAGCAAAUUAACCUGAAAAACUUCAACGGGAUUCGAACCCAUGGCCUCUGCGUUAGCGCUGCGGUGCUCUACCAACCGAGCUAUGAAGACUCAUGUAUUGCGAGCAGGCCAAUUUGUUGAGUUCAUCUUAACCCGUGAAAGGAGUGAAACUAGAAUGAUGAUGAUGAUGUGAACUGCGGAAAUACAAAUUGAAAUGAAGAUAUGAUUGUCGCAGUGGUAAUUGCAAUUGCAAAUUAACCCGAAAAAAUGUCAGGACUUUAACGGGAUUCAAUUUGUAUUUCUGCAGUUCACAUCAUUAUUACUCUAAAAAGAGUUCACCUUCCACAGGAACACCAACGUGGCCUCCGUUUCAUUGUUUUGGAACACCAAUAUGGCUGCCGUGACGUCAUAUGAAAACGCUCAAUACCUAUCCAUGCCCGUUUAUAAAUCGUGCAAAAAGAAACAUCAUAGAUGACCUAACUCUUUCACUCUCUGAGUGAAUAUUGGAGUCUUAGAAAGUGGUUUUAAUUUUUGAGUCAGUGGAUUAAAUCCUGUGUUGUGACCAUUCAAAUGAAACCUUUUUGGUCCUACUUUCACGAGGUGCUAUUUUUUUUUCAAAUAUUAAACAAUCAAUUUUGUGGAAUUUUUACUUAAAACGUUUUUAGGGGUAAGAGUGGUAAGAUAUUUAUUUGCUACUUUAUUUUCAACCUCCUCAGAACACGUGGUAACAGCAACUGAACCAAUGCGUCCACAGAGUCUUCCAUUGUCGUCUGAUACACGCCUCAUGAGUCAUACCGAGUCAAGAACACAGCGGAGUGCCACUCCGCCAAGCAACAGUCUGGCUGCUCGCCAGCAAGUACUUAACCCUCCUCCACCGCUAAUACAAAUGUCUUCUUCACGCGACAAAAAAUAUAUAACGGCACAAGAUAUGGCUCCUGAAAGCUCCCGUCACAGAGAAGGAUCUGUACACGGUGAUCGAAACCUAGAUCGUUAUUUGCAUCACAGCCAGGAGGCCACCUCUGUUAGGGAUGCUUCACGUCACACACAUACUCCAAUAGAUAACAGAGUUAGUGAAAGGGAAAGGCGAACACCGGUAGUAGAGACUGUUGAUUUGACAACGGAAAGAGAGGUCGACACGUCUUCCAUUAUAAGGCCAUCAUCGAGGUCACACAUUGCUCUGGGUUCUUCUUCUGCUCGGGCCACACUUCAAGCCCUGGCGAUUUCUGCCUCGUCUGAGAAUAAAAGUACUGAUGCCACUGAAAAGAUCGCUCAAAGCAAACGGGAAGAAACCUAUUUACCCUUAAGGGCACCUGACACUAAACUUAGUGCGUACGAGCAAAAUGAAGCAAUACGCAAGUUCGCGCUUAGUAAUGUGUGUGUUUCAGUUCCUCGGGAGUUUGCUACUGGGAGUGACUAUCCCACUCAACCGUAUUCACUAAUGGCUUUGCAAGCUCAACAUCAAACCCAUGUUCACCCACAUCCUGCAGGCACAUCAACCCCUCCACCGUACGGCUAUCCAUUCCAUCCAUCCAUUUCUCACCCAAUGACGUCGUUCCACCACCAUCCUGAUCGUCCCUUCUUGGUGCCAGUCGUGCAACAUGUGCCACCCCAUAGCGUCAAUGGAGAAGAGCUACCUAGUCAUUUUAAGAUCAGUGGCACAUACGCUCCCCAUUAUCCUCAAGGAGUCGGUUAUUUUCCUGCCGGUAUAAGAUAUCAACCGAUGACGGUUUGUGGCCAUCGUCACCCUGUACCCGGAAGUGAGGAAAGGCGUGCCAUGCCUCAUCCACUUGAAGUACCAACAAGGCGUGAAAAUGAAAUUUCAGAGCAGGAGCUAGCACAUCCUUUUCUAGUUAGACAGUCAAGGCACAUGCACGCGCCAGGAGUUACUGAACGAUUGUCUCCCGGCGAGUUACCUACGAUUUCUCGCCCCAGCCGCUCACCACACGAACCAGUCCAGCGUCCACAAACCAUUCCACCUGAUACGAAGCCACAUGUUGCCCAAAAAACUGAAGCAGCAAAAGCGGUGUCUCCUCCCGUAGCCACGUACCUCUCUCGAAUCCCAUCAAGGCCAGCCUCCGUGUCUGAGAUGCGCAAUCGAGCUGCUGUUAUCCCUGAUUUGAAAGACACUGAAGCUUUGUCUCAAACAUUUCCAGAACCACAACCCGUGAUUGUGCCUGAUAGCAAACACUCCAACCGAGAGGACGUGGGUAGACGCACAGAGCCAUCUGGUAACAGGGACACUAAAGAACCAACUAAAGAAAGUAAAGAAAGCACGUUAGCAAAGGUCUUUCCGAUGUCUGCCUUUGACACCUUGGUAGACGUUGCAGCUGCAGCCCGAAAAGUUGACAUUCCGUACUGUGCCAAAGAAGAGCAUGAACAACCAGCCUCUGCUGGAGAGGCUGUAGUAACGAAAGAAACGUCGCCUUGGCAAGAGACUCGUAGCCCUCAUGCAAGAUUUACUGGACAUGGCAUGACUUCUCCCCCAAGACUUUCGUCUCCACCCAAUCCCACCGGCGUAUCACCAGGAAUGUCCGGUGGACCCCGAUAUGGUAUUACGACUGGUCUGGUACCCAAGCCUCCACCACUCAUGCCAAUCACGGGAGUGAGGUCCAUCCCAGAGGGCAAUAGUUCCAGUUCCAUUUCUCUUUCCGUUUCAGUUGGAGGACAUACUACAACUCCCGCCUCACGAAGUGCAAGCAAACUUACAUCACCACCUGGGACUAAAGUUAAGCUAUCUGUUAGCCCUGAUGGCCCCCCGCCAUUAAUAUCUACCUCUGUAAUAAGUCCCACGGGAUCGUCGCAUGGGGCAAGUCCUAACGAGCCCCCUCCUUUGAUUAGAGGACCACCCCCUCUGAGAAGUCCCGAGAAAGAAGCUGUUAGUUCUGUGAAAACUAAAGUUAACCCAGAUACUUUACCCAAAAAAAGACCUGACAAGGAGACCAGCAUAUCUAAAAGUUCAUAUCAUGAAGAUGAAAGUGCCUCCUAUAUAGAUCCAGACUUUCAGAGGAAAUUUUGGAUGAAUCUUAAUGAAUCGGUACAAUUACAUUCGCAAAAGGCCCACGGCGAUGCACAGAACGCGUCUUCAACACCACGCCAACUUGGUCAUUCCCAAGUCAGGACUAUCGUUGCAACAAGAGAAUAUCUGGAAUCCUUUCAUCCAUUCUCGGUUACACAACCAGAACAAUUUCAGCCAUUACCGUCACCUACGAGUGCUGUGGAACGUAAAGAGGCUACUAGCGUUAGGGAGGUUCCACGUUCGUGGAUUUCAAACGAAAAUAGUAGAGAUGCGCAUAGAAGUACUCCGCCCAUGCAGUCUCGCCAUGCUCAUGAUCAGAGUGAAAAACGCGAUGAAAGGUCGCAUGGAAGCUGGCCAGUGAACAAUAAGACCUUUCCUUUUGAACAGAAACCAGUGAUUAGUUAUAGUGGUGCAACGACGUCCUCGCCACAGCCUAAGGCACCCCCCGACGCUAUCACCUCAUGUGCGUCUGGCAGUGAGACAGAGGAAGGAGAGGAAGAGAUCGACAUUGAAACUUCAGUUCAGCCAUCUUCUGUAGGUUUGCAUCCUCGAGUGCUCGCGCUGGCUAGGAAUUCUCAGAGGAGUACCCAAACUUACGAUGCCAGCGACAGUGAAACCUUGUCAGCUGAAGAGUCUGAACAUUUGCCCGAGAGUAGUGAUGAAAUGUUUCCUAGCACCACGACCAAGGUAUUCACACAAGCUGACGGCGGACACGAGGAAAGAAAUAAGAGCGUACUGGAAGAUAUAGACAAUACCACUUUUGCUGACACGUGUGAUGCGGAUGCGGAUACGAAUACUCCUCUUCCUAGUACGUCAAAGGACUACUCUGACAUUGAAGAUGAACACACCGAAGGAUCACUCGAAGAGAAAGGCGUACAGAAAAGCGAUAUUUUGCGAGACUUUACGAGCCCUAUCAGUGCAGAAUUACCUGUUUCGAUAAACUACCAACAAAUGGAGGAUACACCUACUACUUCAGCUUCUUCUGAAGAGUCUCGCCAGCAAGGUGAAAAGCCACAGGAACUCUUAGAAACGGAGGGAGAGACUGACGGUACUUUGGAUAGGCAAAACAGUGAAGAAACUGUUGAAGUUUCAGACCAUGAAUUAACACCUCCCCACGUUUCCUCUCCUAACGAUCCUUCGCUAGAGGAGGAUUCUUCAGAGGCAUUGCCCGUGUCAGUAGAUGAAGGAGUCGAACUAGUGGACGUGGUAAGGGUUCAGUCAAGUGAGAAUAGUCUUGUUGGGAGCAGUGAAACAGAUAUAGAGUCAGCUCAUCCACAAGUAGUAUCAUCUCACCAGCAAGUCUCAGAGGACUUUCCAGAUAGUUCUGCUAACACUUUGGCGAUGUCUGAUGAAAAUGUCACUUCCUCGCUUGAAGAAAACGUCCAUGAUCGUGAUGCGAAUCUUACGGCCGUUGUUACCUCAGUCGAAAUGGAUGACGUGAGAACAGCAGAACAGUCACUAAACGAAGAACAGAGUGCUCUUGUCACCGCGGCGACUGAUGCCGAUUCUUGCCCAAGCACUUCAGAAGCAACAAGAAGCAACACAGUUUCUCCACUGGUGAACCGCAGCGAGAGCGACGAAGUAGUAAAUGAAGCGGAGACAUUAGAUAACCCUGGUAGUGAAGAUGGGUUUCUCAACGCUCCUGAUACGUUCAGUCCCUUGUCAGAAAGUCACCCGCCUGAGGUAAGCUCAGCUAUGGAUGAUGUAUCCGAUGAUGAGGGUCAUUCCACUUACCCUACUUUUGUCGGUGAAUUUGUUCCCCUACCGGGAGAGGAAGACUCCCCCGAUAUUAAAUCUGGAUGCUCCACAAAUAUCGCCUCUGAGGCUAGCUCUAUUGGUGAUGACCGUAUUUCUGAAAGGGAAUUAAUAGAUGUGGCUGAACCUACUGCGUCAAAUCGAGAGGAGCCGUCCGGUGUGCAAAGUCCGGACGAAAGCGCUCGUCACUCAGACGAUACUUUAUCCGAAGGAGAAAUUACACCGUCACAGAAGAGCAGUCAUUCAGAAGACGAACUACCUCCUCAGGAAGAAAAAUCUGGGAAUAACGAAGCUGCAGUUCUUUCGCGUGGCGAGCCCAGUGAGAAAUCUCCGUCUAACUUGCUACCUGACACUUCGCAAAUCGUAAUCGAUCGUGAUCAACUACCGUCACAAAGUAGUGAAACUGUUGACGACGAGCAGUUAUCUGAGGGGGAGAUUCCCGAGUCGGAGGAUGAAGCAACCGUAGAAACCCCUCAAAGAUCGCCUGCGUCAGUAGGCGAUGCGGACAGUACGCCUCUGCUAUCCAGACUUCCCUCAGUGGUGUCAUCAAGUCAAGAAGCGACCUUGAGUUCAGACUGUUACAUUAAUAUGAUACCAAUCUCUCCUGCCCCACCCGAGUCACCCAACCAGCAAUCAAAAUGUGACGGUACCUCGCUCCUUCCGCAGUGGCCUUCAAUUGACAGCCAAUACUCUUCAUUGAUGUCUUUGCCCUUAACGUCACGCAUAAACCCUUUCCCUUACUCCACCUUGUCCUUCAACGUCGGCUCCGCUAACAGCAGUGCUCGCUCAUCACCAGUUCCUCAGGCUUUGGCGGUUAACUUGACCUCAGGCUCCAGCCCAAGUAGCUCUUCUUUGUUACCCAGGCCACAAGAACCGACUCCUCUCUUGUCGGAUAACUACGAACCCUUGAGUGACGACGAUGAUAAUGGGGUUGUUGAUACCUCCAAUAUUUCUGAAGACAGCCCCUAGUUUUUUUACGUUAUUUAAAUUUAUCCCUGAAGCUCACUCUCAUAAAAUAACCUGACGAAUCUCACAUUGUUCGCAAAAGAGCUGCAAAUGGUGGCACGUAAGGAAUUCAGUGACCACUCGAACUUUAAAAAACGGUCGCCCUGUACAGCGAGAAUAAAUAUCAACGUAGUGCUCAUUGUGAGUAGCAACAGAUGUCUGGAAAGUACUAUCGAUACACACAGCGUUUAACGACUUAAGGUUGGACUCUAGUAUAAAAAGAGCAAAUAAAUACCGUACGUCUGGCGCCUCGACCUUUUAUAAAGGUCCAAACACAAAACAAAACGUCCGUGUUGUUAAUAUGUAACUUUGUGUUUUAUUUUUGUUAAUGUUCGAAAUACAUUAAUUAAGUGCAAAUUAACGUGAUUAUAUUGUAAUUUAAUAACAGUAAGCUAC